CCGCAUCUCCGAUCACUGCAUUAGCGAAAACACCCUUUACCGCUUUGGGAUUAUCAAAGAUAAUGAAAUUCCAAGUUGUACACAUUUGCAGGGAAAGGGAAAUCAUUUUGUAAUUCAAACACCUCAGAAAGAGCAAAACCUGAAAUGAAGAGCCAGGAAAUCUGAGUCCUCUUGGGAUCGAACAAGGAAUAGAUGGUAGCUCCUCAUACGUAGCCAGGAUCACAAACUCAACCAAGAAAUGCAGAAACAAAAUGUGUCUAAAUCGCAAAAAUGGCUUCCUGCUGCCCUGCCUACAAUCCUCAGAACCACCACCUCCACGGUCAGUAUCUACCAAGGCCGGCUUGUCUUGCCUCAUUCACUUCCGAAUCAGAUCUCUAGUUUGCAAAGCCAAGUGGGAAUUCUUCUGGAACAGCUUCAUGUUGCAAAUCCAGAAUCUAAAGCACUAACAAAAUUUGCUGAUCAACUUCUACAUAUUGCCAUAUCUUUAGACAAGUUUGUAGAAGCCUUAUCAGGUUUGUACGGCAGUACUCCAAGUACCAAUGAAAUCAGCAUUUUGGAUGAAGACUUCAGCGAGCCUGAGGAUAGUGAAAUUGAGGAAGGAUCAACUCAUCGUUUUAACUCAGGUGAGCUUCAUAACUACACUGCAUUGAAACCAAAUAGGUUAACUGGGAAGAAAAACUUCCUCGGGGUGGAAGCAAUUAGUCCAUCUGUAGGACCAGCUUGUGCCAAUAUGGCCCCAAAUGUAGAUCGAUUCAUGAGUUAUAAGAUAUAUGAGACGUGCCCCGAUGACUGGGACAUUUCUCAGAAGCUUAUUGUUGAUGGCUGUGACCCAUUGCCAAGGAGGAGAUGCUUCUCUAAAACACCUCCACGUUACAGUAAUCCGCUUCCUAUAAGCUCGUCCCUUUGGUCUCAACCUAGUGAUACCAAUAUCUUAUGGAGUCAUUACAAGUGCAAAGAUUACGCCUGUCUUGUUUCAAAUGAAACACUGGGCAAAAGAGGCUUCUUCAAAUGUUCAAAUUGUUUUGAUCUUUCGAAGAGAGGAUGGGAAAUCCGAAUGAAUGAAUCUAUUUCAGCUGAAUUCACCAUAGAAGAAGUUCUGAGAUUGAAGUCUGGGGAGAUGAGGAUUGGACUCGAUUUUAGCCCCUCAACUGGUACCUUUGCUGCUCUAAUGAGGGAAAGAAAUGUAACCAUCGCAUCAGCCACCUUAAAUUUAGGGGCUCCUUUCAAUGAGGUGAUUGCACUCAGAGGCCUCCUACCACUCUACCUAUCAAUUGGCUCAAGGUUGCCAUUCUUUGACAACACACUCGACAUCAUACAUUCUACACUUUUCCUGGAUGGCUGGAUUGGAGUAGAACUUCUCCAGUUUGUGCUUUUUGAUUGGGACCGUGUUCUUCGACCCAAAGGACUCCUUUGGGUGGAUUGUUUCUUCUGUAAAAGGGAUGGUUUGGAGAUCUAUUUGAAUGAAUUUUCCAGGCUAGACUACAAAAAGCUGCUGUGGAGGGUUGUACCAAAGACUGAUAAGAUGGAGGAUGAGUACUUUUCUGCUGUAUUGGAAAAACCACUUAGAAGCUGAAUUCACCAGAAUGCUAGAAGUUGUGUAAAUAAACGAGUGGAGGCCUUGCUACAGCUCUAAACAGAGUUCAAACAGAAUUUUCACAUAUUUCUACUUAUCGGCAAAAGAUUUGAACUUUGGUCUAUAUAACAGUAGAGAAUAAAACCAGAAAAAUCAGCUGCUUGGUUCAUUCUAUUGUGACAGGU